UGUACGCUUGCUAACUGGCUCUUGACCUGCUUUUUGGUCUUCCUUCACUCUGGCAGCAGCGGUAUCACGGCAGCGUAGACUGUAUUCAGGUGCCUAAAGCUUACCCCUGUCUGCUCCCUUCUUGUUUUGUAGCCUGUAGGUUUCUAGAAAGCCAUUAGCACGUCUCUAAGCUUCUGGUGUAUGAACCUGAGUGGUGCUUAGGUGGGCCUUGUUACCUCAAAGUACUUUCAUUCCAAGUUGCUUUCUGAAUGUACCUGCGAGGUGCGAAGUAGAUGCUGUCGCCCUUGGGGGUUGGACUAGAUGAUCUUUAAAGGUCCCUUCCAACCCAAACCUUCUAUCAUCGAUUUACAGACCUAUAAUAAAAAAAUGGUUACUUUUGAUUUUAUUCUGUAGGGCCGAAUUCAUCAAAUAGAAUAUGCCAUGGAAGCUGUGAAACAAGGCUCAGCUACUGUGGGGCUGAAGUCGAAAACGCAUGCUGUUCUGGUUGCUCUCAAGAGAGCACAGUCUGAGCUGGCAGCUCAUCAGAAAAAAAUCCUGUACGUUGACAACCAUAUUGGUAUCUCAAUUGCUGGACUUACUGCUGAUGCAAGACUCUUGUGCAAUUUCAUGCGUCAGGAGUGUCUGGAUUCUAGAUUUGUGUUUGAUAGACCUCUUCCAGUUUCUCGCCUGGUGUCACUAAUUGGAAGCAAAACCCAGAUACCAACACAGCGUUAUGGCAGAAGACCGUAUGGCGUAGGACUGCUCAUUGCAGGUUACGAUGAUAUGGGUCCUCACAUCUUCCAGACUUGUCCCUCUGCAAACUAUUUUGACUGCAAAGCAAUGUCCAUUGGUGCUCGUUCGCAGUCAGCACGAACUUAUUUGGAGAGACAUAUGACUGAAUUUACUGACUGUAAUCUAAAUGAGCUAGUUAAACAUGGACUACGUGCCCUGAGAGAGACUCUUCCUGCCGAACAGGAUCUGACCACCAAGAAUGUUUCCAUUGGAAUUGUUGGCAAAGACAUGGAGUUUACCAUCUAUGACGAUGAUGACGUAGCACCAUUCCUAGAAGGUCUUGAGGAGAGACCACAGAGAAAGCCUGCUCCGCCUGCUGAUGAACCUGCAGAAAAAGCAGAGGAGCCCAUGGAGCACUAGUUGGUGGAUGAGUUCCUCUGUGUUAAUGUAUGUCUAAUUAUACAGGAACGUUUAUCCAUUUGCUGGUAACUUUACCCUCACCUAUAUGCGUUUUCUGCUGAUACAUUCUGAGGAUUACUCUUAAAAAAGAAAGAAACCAACCCACCUAUCCUUAAAAGAUAGACAGGAGGUCAUAACUGGGUGUAUUUUCUUUGACAAGAAAGGUGUAAUCAUUUUCUAAAUAGUACAUGAUACUGUUUUUUAAUGAAAAGCAUACUGUCUUUAACUUGUAAGGACAAGUGGAAAUAAAUCACUUUCUUGGAA